AUGACGCGCGAGCCAAGGGCCGAGGGGGCCACCGCGGGCGGGCGAGCGAGCCGGCCGGGAGGCGAGCGGCGCGCAGGAGAUCCUCUCCGGCCCCGCCUGGAACGCGAGACCCCGGCCGCUGCCCGGGGCCGUGCGGAGAGCCGGGAGGCUCCGCCAGCCCCGCAGAGCGCCACCACCACCCCCCCCCCCCCCCGCCCGGGCACGCUGCCCCAGCGGGGCGCCGCCCCGCCGUCCCCACGGCCCGGCCCGCGGACCCCGGCCCGCCCGCCCCCCGACCGCGCACCCGAGCCGCCGGCUUCGUGCUUGCGCCGCUCGCCGGGAAGGGGUCUGCGCCGGCACCGCGGAGGCACGGAUUACUCAGCAGAUAAGGCAGGCUUCCUGCGCCCUCCACAACUUUCUAAUUGCAACCGACACACGGCCGCCGGGGAACGUGGUCCCCGCUUCCCAGAGCGCCGCCUCGCCUCUUUCCUUCGCCCUCCUAGUGGACGUCUUCCCGUGGAUCCUGCCCUUCCCAGCACCCACCCCCCACAGCCCAGCGAGCCGACUCCGGGGGACUGGAAACGGAAGGCUAAGGGUUCUCGUCUGCAAAGUUUGGCGAACGGACCUUCUCUCCAGCCUUCCCGGCCCCAGCUCGAGGCUCUUCCCGGGCACCAGAGGUGGGGGGCGCGGCACCCAGAAGAGCCCCCCGGCCGUUCUCCGGAGGCAGCUGCUAACUGUUGCAGUGCGGAGCGGAGAGGAGGCGCGCGAGCCGGGGCUGGGCAGGGUGGGGGUCGCGGCUCCCGCCAGGGGGGCCUGCGCAGGCCGCGGGAGCCGUCCUGCCCGCGGGCGUCCCGGGCCCCCCGGCGGCCCGGAGCCUGCAGCCGCACCCCGUCCCUUACCUGGGGCCACCGGCUGGCUGCGGGGAGGGAGCCCCCGCCGCGCGGCUGCAGUGGCGGCUGCAGAAGGCGCGGAGUGAAGGGGCCGGAGACCGAGCCUCGCCGCCGCCGCCGCCGCCGCCGCCGCUUCGGGGAGCUCAGCUCGCAGCCUAUUGCCAGAGAGGCCGGUGACGUCAGGCAGCCACCGCCAGGGCUCCGAGCCACCCCUCAGGCCCCCACCCCACCCUCAUACCCCAACACCCCGGCCUGGCCGAGCGCGCCUCGGCCACACACAUCCCCAGACUCCCUCUGCGUCCCCGCCAGGGGCCACCGACCGGGAGCAACCCCAGCAGCGCGCUCUGAGCAACCCACCUUCCGCCCUGCUCUGCCUGCGAAGGGCCGAAGCUUCAGUUCUGGGGCUGCCCGACUCCUCGCCCACGACCCUUUGCCACAUGGUCCCGGCAACACAUUUUUUUAA